UACUGACGCACAUUCGGGAUACAACUAGCUCUUCCCGUGUCUAUACCUGAAGGGGCCUAGAUCUUAGCGCAACGAUAUGUCCAGCUUUCGCGCCCCGCCCCGAAAGGGAGAGAACUUUGAACUCGCUGCCGAUCUCAAUAGCGAGUACAAGGAUAAACGCAAGGAUGCCAUCAAACGGGUGAUUGCAAAUAUGACCGUUCAAAAAGACGUCAGCGGUCUCUUCCCCGAUGUCCUGAAGAACAUGCAAACGGACGAUCUUGAGCAGAAGAAGCUCGUAUACCUAUAUCUCAUGAAUUACGCCAAGACACAACCGGAACUCGUGAUCCUGGCCGUCAAUACCUUCGUAAAGGACACGGAUGACCCGAACCCGCUCGUACGCGCUCUCGCAAUCCGAACUAUGGGCUGUCUCCGUGCCGAGAAGAUCAUCGACUACCUAUGCGACCCUCUCCAGAAGUGUCUGAAGGACGACAACCCCUAUGUGCGCAAGACGGCGGCACUCUGCGUUGCGAAGCUGUACGACCUGAAACCGGAGCUUGUGAUCGAAAAUGGGUUUCUGGAGCAACUGCGGGACAUGAUUGCGGACAGCAAUCCUAUGGUGGUAGCAAACACUGUCGCUGCCCUGACAGACAUACACGCCGCCGCCGUCGCUGCGGGCGUCCCACGGGACCAGUUUCCGAUUUCGACCGACAUUGUCAACAAGCUCUUGGUUGCGCUCAACGAGUGUUCGGAAUGGGGUCGAGUAGCGAUUCUGAACGUCCUCGCACGGUACACCGCAGAAGACGCUGGCGAGAGCGAGCAUAUCUGCGAGCGUGUUGUGCCCCAAUUCCAACAUGCGAAUGCAAGCGUUGUCCUUUCCGCUAUUAAGGUCGUGAUGAUCCACAUGCGUGACAUCAGUUCUGAAAACCUCUCUAAGACGCUUAUUCGUAAAAUGGCGCCGCCACUAGUGACCCUCCUCUCUAAUCCUCCGGAGGUGCAGUGGGUCGCCCUCCGUAACAUCAACCUCCUACUCCAGAAGCGCCCGGAUCUCUUGUCGAACGAGUUGCGCGUAUUCUUUUGCAAGUACAAUGACCCGUUGUAUGUCAAGGUCGAAAAGCUAGAUAUCAUGGUACGCUUGGCCUCCGAAAACAACGUAGACCCUCUGUUGAGCGAACUAAAAGAGUACGCCCAGGAGGUUGACGUCGACUUCGUCCGGAGAAGUAUCAAGGCUAUCGGCCAAACCGCAAUCAAGAUUGACGAGGCGGCGGAACGCUGUGUCAAUGUCCUGCUCGAGCUCAUCGGUACACGGGUUAGCUACGUCGUACAGGAAGCUGUGGUCGUGAUGAAGGACAUCUUCCGGAAGUACCCAUCAACAUACGAAGGCGUCAUUCCGACGCUAUGCGCGAACCUCGACGAGCUUGACGAACCAGAAGCCAAGGCGUCGCUUAUCUGGAUCAUCGGCGAAUACGCGAAGAAGAUCGACAACGCUGAUGAGCUCCUUGGUAUCUUCGUCGACACGUUUACGGAAGAGUCCUACCCUGUACAACUACAAACCUUGACGGCUGUGGUCAAGCUCUACCUCCAAAAGCCUGAAAGUUCGCAAGGUCUCGUGCAGAAGGUGCUCAAUACGGCGACGAAGGACUGCGAUUCGCCCGAUGUGCGCGAUCGUGCUUACAUCUACUGGCGAUUGUUGUCAACAGAUCCUGGUGCUGCCAAGGCCGUUGUACUCGCUGUACGUCCACCCAUAACCCUUCCCCGAACAACAGUGUCUGCUGUAUUACUGGAGGAGCUCUUGGGAGAGAUCCCCCUGCUCGCCAGCGUAUACCACAAACCUGCGGAGACGUUUGUUGGCCGGGGACGCAUUGGCGCGGAUACAGUGCAGCAGAAGAAAGCAGAACUUGCGGACGAUCGCAUCGCAACGCAGAAAGCUCUCCAGACUGUUGCUGCCGGCCAACAGGCGGAGAACCUCCUCGACUUCGACGACGACGUUCAAGGCGACGGCCAGCCAUCCGGUCUCGCUGCCACUACCAUCCUAGCACAAACUCCUGCAGCAGCGAACCUAUUGGCGGGAACGUCGAGCAAUCCGCUAGAUGACCUCGUCUCGAUCUUCGGGGGCGCGAACCUCAACUCGACCCCAGCGGCACCCGCCCCUGCGAAUGGCUUAGGAGGAUUUGGCUUUGGGGCAUCCCCACUCGCGCCUGCAGCACCAUCCAUCACCCCCACUGCUCUGUCGCCUCAACCUCCGCAACAGCCGGCACAGGGAGGGCAGGACGAUCUUUUGGGUUUGUUCUGAGCGUUUUUCCCAGUACUAGAGGUUUGCUUUGUUUCGCUGUCGUUUGGCC